AUGCCUCCUCAUGAUCUCCCGGCCCCGCCAUCUUGGACGAUACCCAAUUUCGUGUUGAGGGUGGAGGACCUGUCACAUCCUGGGGCAUCGAUCUUCUUUGACUGCGUCAAGCCCAAGGAAGCACUCAAGCUUGCAGUUGAAGCAUCUUAUACCUGGCUGUAUACCUCGCUCACGGCCCCAACGCACGUCAAGACGAUCACGCUCGUUCUCAGACCAUUCAAUGGCGUAGCAUACACAUUUGGCACGCAUGAGACGAAAGAGAUCAAUUUCUCCCUCGAUUGGAUCAAAACAUCAGAGGCUCGCGCACGAGAUGAAAUACUAGGCGUGCUGGUUCACGAGGUUGUGCAUUGCUAUCAGUACAAUGCAAAAGAGACAUGUCCAGGGGGUCUUAUUGAGGGUAUUGCAGAUUUUGUAAGGCUUCACGCUGGUUUUGCACCACCACACUGGAGACCUAGAGCUGAGGGGAAGUGGGACGCAGGGUACGAUGCUACGGCGUACUUUCUUGACUGGAUCGAGAAGCGCUGUGGCGAAGGGACUGUCCGAAAACUUAAUGGAUCUAUGAAGGAUUCGAGAUACAGGGUGGAACUCUUUGAGAAGGUGACUGGAGAGAGCGUGAGCUCCUUGUAUGCACUAUACCGUGAACAUCUGGAACAGACAGACUCGGAAGCUACAGGAAGCUGUUAA